GAUAUUGGCCAGCAUGGCUGCAAAGAAUCUGGAACGAGAAAAGAAAGCAUGUAUUUGCUUUGAAACUCGCCAAAAUCCUAAUAAAGAAUGAUUUUUCAAGGAAUUCAUUUGAAGGAGGCUGCCCAGGAUUGGCAAAUACUAGUUUAAUCACAUCACAAUUUAUAACUUUCAAUGAGAUUGAUCAACAUCCUCAGGCUAGUAAGGAGGAUUCUUCUUCGUAUGGCAUUAUUAGUCCAUUGGAUAUUGAGAGUGAACAACAUCCUCAGGCUAGUAAGAAGGAAUCUUCUCCAUAUGACAUUAUUAGUCCAAUGGAUAUUGAGAGUGAACAACAUCCUCAGGCUGGUAAGGAGGAGAACUCAUUGCCUAAAGCAUCAAAAAAUGAGAGCGAACAAAGUGAUCAAGAAAUUAUUUUCAAAGUCAAAGGAAUAGAAGUAGUCCAAUGUCGACGAGCACAAACUUCUGCGACAAACCCAUUGUCAGCCAGAAAGGAGGAGAAACCAUUGUUUACUGCAAUUAGAAAUGGAAUAGAAGAGAUUGUGAGGGAGAUAAUGGAACAUAAUCCUCAGGAUAUUGAGCACCUCAAUCACAUGGGGCAGAGCAUUUUGGAUGUGGCCGUCAUCCAUCGCAAGAAAGAGAUCUUCAGUUUUAUAAAGCAAAAGAAAAUCGUAUUGGCUAGACUGCGUCUAGUUAGUGAUACGAAAGGCAACACAUUGUUGCACCAUGUUGCAGAUAUGGAGCAUUACAGUGGAGGAACCAAACCUGGGCCUGCACUUCAACUUCAGGAAGAGUUACAAUGGUUCGAGGCGAGCCCUUCUCAUCCCUUUAACUGA